UAUUAUUUUUGGUCCGCUAAAACGGUUCGGUUUAGAUUCAAAGUUAUAUUAUGUAUGUAUACUAUGUGCAUACAUCAUUGCGGCUAAUUAUAGACACCAGGAUACCCAAUUUAAGCACUGUAUAGAGUACCAAAGUAUCGUGUAAUGAACUAUUACUACUACCACUGGCAAUAAUUGUCCAUAAUCUUACAAUAUUAUUACAUAAAUUAUAAAGUAACACCGUCUGAAAACUCUGAAACUUAAACCGUCAUCGUCAUCACCUUCGUAAUCAUUCUAAUUGCUAUUCUCGUGUACCUGCUAUCGAUCAGUUUCUUUUUUCUCUAUUGCUUUAUAUUUUUUUUUCUUUUUGUUCGCUUUCAUUUAAUCCUUGGGCUCAUUACACGACUUGAAAGACUCCACCCAGUCUUUAACAUUAAAUCGCAUGAUUGAGACUGUUAUUUUGUUUACCGUCUUUUCCAACCAAGCUGAUACGGAUAGUAAAGUUUAUAAUACUUUAUACUGUAAAGUAAGGUACAAAAUGAAAGAUAAAUAUAUAAAAGGAGUCAUGAAACUGAAGUGGAGGAAGAAGAAGAAGAAGAAGAAAUAGUAUAAGAAGAAGGUGGAAAAAAAAUAUAGGGCGCUAUGAAAAGUCUAGAGGAUAGACGAAAGUCGGCUGAGUAAGAGGGCAACAACAAAAUUAUGGAUCGGCUUGUGGAUAGGUUGGUUUGCGCAUGACCGCGUGGUAGUUGUCCUACGUAAACCCUCCUGGGUGGCUGCUGCAAAUCUAAAGCCCAAGGUGGAGGUAUGGUGGUAGAUAUUAUGGAUGUGAAUGUGCUGGUUCUACCACGUAUAUAAUUCCCCUUACAACUUCUACCCGUACCUUCACCCGCAUCCCUGGGCCAUGUCCUCUACACCCGCCCGGUUGGCCACCUACGACCCCAUGAGUUUAGUUUACAAACAGAAACUCCGGCGUACAAUGUUCUUCUUUAUUAUUAAAUAUUUUCACACAUUGACAGAACUUUGUUAACAAUAAAAAGAAGAAGAAGACGAUAAAAGAAGAAAAAUGGCGGAAAAAACAUUUAAUUUGACUUGGAACAAUCAUUUAGCGAAUCUCUCGGGGCUCUUUGAAGGUCUCUACAAGAGUGGAUCCUUGACAGACACUACUCUAGCUUGUCAAGGUGGAAUGCUACGUGCCCAUAAGCUAGUUCUGGCAGCAUGCAGUCCUUACUUCGAGAGAGUAUUCAAGGAACACUACGGCGAACAGCCUAUCCUCAUACUCAAAGGUGUCCCCGUCGAAGAAAUGGAAUGUCUACUGGAUUUCAUGUACCGUGGCUCGAUAAAUGUCGCCGAAGAUCAUCUUCCCUCGCUCAUUAAAACCGCAACAGACUUGGAAAUUCGCGGACUCUCCGGUGACAGAGGUGAAAGUAAUAACAUGUUUUCACGCGUUGAAACCCGCUUGCAGUCUACUCAUGACACUCGACACCACUCGUCAAUGGACUAUAGAAAAUCACAAACCGGGUUCAUCACGGGACAGAAUUCCAAUGACGCAGUUGGGGAAAUUAAAACCGAAGAAUUUGAAGUCGAGGAUGAUCCAAUGGUAAUGGAAAAUUUGGAUGAUAGUUAUGAGUCGAUUCCAGUUUCUAAAGGACAAAUUAAACAUGUACCAGCGCCAAUGUACAAACGUCAUAAUACACGUUACGAUGGACAGAAACGCGUACCGGUUGGUCGAACAAUUAGAGACAAUGAAUUAUCGCGUCGUCAAGUAGAUGGUACGUCAUCAAGAAAUUCACCAAAUGAAGAAGCUUUUGACAAUGGAUCUGACAGUAAUAAAUUAGAUCAUAGUUUUAGCGGCAAUGGAGAUCCAACAGUACCGGCUAUUCAAAUGGAUGAUUCGAUUGAUCAAUCAAGAAACUCUAUGGGCAAUGAAACUGUAGAAGACUCCCAAAGUAACUUAAUUCAAGUAAAAACUAAUUUAGAGAGUAAUAAAAAGAUAACCGAAGCCUCUAAGACAGGUUUACAGCGUAAUAAAGCACAGUAUAAGCCGUUCCCAUGUGACCUCUGUACUCUGGCAUUUACACGAGCGUCUCACCUGGCAAGACAUCGACGAGUUCAUACCGGCGAGCGGCCGUUUGCGUGUAGUAUCUGUCCUCGUAUGUUUGCUCGUCAGGACAAACUGAAGCAGCAUCUUGACUCGCAUCUCCAGUGGCCGCGGCGGAAAGCUAUGUUGCCGGUACUGGGUGACGGACAGCACCAACAGCAGCAGGGUGUCAACACUCUAGCUGGAAGAGGAAAACGCGGACGACCAAGAAAGGUAUCUAUGGAGCAGUCUGCUAUGGAAGAAAUACUUAAAUUUGGCGAAUUCAGUUCUAUGCUCAACAAAACACAAUUAACGAGCACUACAGUCACCAAACCAGGCCAGCAGCAACGACAGGGAGACUUAAAGAUUGAUAAUGUUACGGUAGGUAUCAAUUCUACGGUUGCCAAAGCUGAUAGUCACGGAUCCCGGGCUGAUAAUAAUUAAUUAUCAGUUGGUUAUUUUAUUUAAUAAUUCCUUCCACUGUAAUGUAAUUAAUAAUUAUAAUUACGAUUAUUUAUACAUUACUUUAUUACGCUCGUGAGCAUUUGUUUUUCGUUGAUCAUUUAAAAAGUUAAAAUUUAAAAAAAGUAAUUAAGAUAAAUACUAAUAAUCAGUGAAUCAUCUGUUGAUGGUUUAUAUUUAUGUACCUGAGAAUAGUUACAGGAACCACCUAAAGAAAGGAUAAAUAAUCCAAAUUGAGAUAACAGACUUGACGGUGUAUUAAACAAUGA